AUGGCCUUUGGUACUGACAGUGAAUUGUUUCCAGGAUACAGUAUAAAUGUUCCUCAUAAUGUAACGGUCCAGAGAGGACUGUGUGUGUACAUUCCAUGCAGCUUUACUGUGCCUGAGACAGUAACAUUAACUAGAAAUGCUAAGGGAAUUUGGUACAAUAAGGAUGAGGAAUCUGUGGCUUCUAGAAGUAAUACCAAGUAUGAGACUAAUGGACGAUUCUUUCUGGUUGGAGAUGUAUGGAGAGGGGACUGCUCUCUCUACAUAGAAAAUCCAUUAUAUGAAGAUGAAGGUCGUUAUCGUUUCAGAGUUGAAGAUAACAUAAAUUUAAGCUACCAAGAUAUCAAGCCUUAUGUAGAAGUAACAGAUCUAACAGAUAAACCUGAGAUCUCACCCAUAAAAAGUUGGCUUGAUGGAGAGGAGGUGACACUGCGCUGCACAUCUCCUGGAACAUGUGUGGGGACAUCCCCUAGAAUCACUUGGAGAGGAAAUACCGGUACCCAGAGCAGAAGAUCGGCAAAUGAGAUUAAAGAUAAUGAAAAUGGUACAAAGACCCACUUCUCUACAAUCACCUUCACCGCGAGGAAGGAACAGAACAACUCUCCAUUCUCAUGCACAGUACAGCUGAAAGGGGGAUUGACCACUGUACAAGAAAUUACUAUGAAAGUCGAAUAUCCCCCAAGUGUACCGGAGAUCAAAUGUUCCAUAACUAACAGAAAGCCAAACAUACCUUCUAGUAGUGGAUGCACCAUUGAUGCCAAUAAUACCAUAUACCUUCUAGAGGGGUCACAGCUCUCCCUGAUCUGUUCUGCUGACAGUGUACCAGAAUCCCGUUUCGUAUGGAAAUCCUUCUCUGGAACAAAGACUUCCUCCUUUACGGAAAAUCAAAUUUUCACCAAUUUGUCACUCACCGAUGAAGGAACUUAUACUUGCCAAGCCACAAACCCUCAUGGCAGAAAGGAGACUUCAGUCACCAUUAGGAUAACUUGUAAGUAA